CUGAGUGGACAGGGGGGCAAGCUCGAUCAAACCCGACAUGGAGUUGCCACACCAAUGCUGGCUGUGAACAAGUCUGCCAUGAAUGGUGGACAUGUGGGCAAGACCAAUUCGCACACACAUGUUGGUGGAGCUCGCAAACCUCGGUGUGCACCCUCUCAACGUCAGGAGAGUGUGCAGUCGACAAAAAAUAACCAUUGUGGGCAAGUGAUGCCACAUGGUCGAUUUGGCCAGACAAAGGUGCAAAAAACAUGAAUAUCCUGUCUAGAGCGUGGCCCUAGUGGUUGGCGUCAUCGGAAUCGUGGGCAACAACUUGGUAGAGAUCCUCUUGCUCGCCGACACUCCCGGUGGGCCAUGGAAGGUCUACGAUGUAGCUCGUCGUCCUCGCCCCAAUUGGAACUCCGAGCACCCAAUCGAGUACAUCAAAUGCGAUCGCCGACGCCUCCGACGUCGAUUCGAAGCUCUCCCCACUCCCCGACGUCAUCCACGUCUUCUACGUCACGUGGGCCAACCGCCCCACCGAGUCAGAGAAUCAAUGGCAAGAUGUUGAGGAACCUCCUCGCCGUUGUCGUUCCCAACGUGCCAAAUCUCCAGCAUAUUUGCCUUCAGAUCGACCCAAGCUUCCACGUUCGUCAUCAAGCAAUGCAUAAUGAUCGAAUCCCUCCGGCGUCAAUCUUUGCCCUGACGGUGGUCGGAUGAUAUUCUCCGUCAUGUUCUACGAGAAGCUUCUGGUCCUAAUUCUCAGAAGAGUAAGGGGAACGAGCGCGGGAUAAAAAUAGAUUAAAUUUAUAAUUUUUAUUUUAUGGUAAAAAUGAGUUGGACAUUAAAUAGAUUAAAUUUUAUUUAUUAUUUCUUAAUUGUCAUGUCAUUAAGUUAACAGUCAACUUUGAGAGUUGACUGCCAUACCAGCCAAAGUUAACGGAGUUGGACGAAGAGUAACCAAACGUGAACGGUUUUAGUAAACUGAAGUACCAUCAAUGAAUUUAAAUAUUUUGAGUGACUAAACUUGGCGCAUAUGGAAGGCUCGGAAUUGGGUGGUUUUUGAGUCCACGUUGUUCACCCCGGCCGUGUUACUCUCUCAGCUCAGGCGACAAGUGGCAGAAUGGGAGGCGGUGCCUUUGAGUAGUGGGGUAGCGUCAUCCCUGCCUCUGGGGAUGGGUUGAGGGGAAGUCAGGGGGGGUGCAUGAUCGGGAGGGGGCGAUGUGGGUGUUCACAGAUGGGGCUGUUCGUUCUGGCUCUCAUGGUGCAAGUGGCUGGGUUCUGGAGGACUCCUCGGGGACGCUGCUUGGGGCAGAUGCAUCAGUGUAUCCGGACGUGCAAGAUCCUUUCUUAGUGGAGCUCCUAGCCUUGAGGGACGGCAUUCGGUGGGCGCUUGAUAGGGGGGGGGGGUGCAGGACGUCCUGUUUGCAGGUGAUGCCAAGGUGGUCCUUGACAAGGUGAAGGAGGGAUCGUGUUUGGAUGCUCGUGGUGGGGUAAUUUUGGAGGAGAUCAAGAUUUUGAGGCAAUGUUUCCUCAAGUCUAGCGUUUGUUUUGUUGGACGUGCGCGUAAUAGGGUGGCCCAUAUGGUGGCCAGAAAAGCCCUUUCUUUGUUCCCUAGUCUGAUAGGGUUUGAUUUUCGUUCUUGGCUUUGGUCAGCUAUUUGACAUUAGUAUAUCUUGAUUAUCUCGUUCAAUACAAAGUAUCUUUUGAAAAAAAAAAAAAACAUGCAAUUAACCCUAAAUAUGCCCAUCAUCGUUCACAAACAUCAAUCUACAAUAUUCUAGCCUGUAAAAGGUCAGAACCGGCCCAUAAGGAAGUACAGAAUCUGGAACAAAGGUGUCCAGAACAAGCCCAUAAUGUUAAAUGUAAACAAAGCGGAUUCUGAAAU